CAGCACAUGGCGCAUAUUCAUGUCACCAGUUGCAUAAAAUUUCUCCCGUCCAGAGUAGGCCUGUACUCUCCAGCAACCUCUUAACAUGGCGACUAGAUUGUUCUCCAGACAUCUGUGGUACCCUGUGUUACAGUCAAGACCGUUUAGUACAACAAAUGAGGCUGUGAGAAGCGGACUGUUGAAGUUAGAACGGGGUGGGAGGGGGGCGAUCAACGUCACAUCAUGUACAGCCAGAUACAUGUCAACAGAUGUGGACUUAGGAGCCAAGGUGCAGAAACCAAGGAAGUUUAAGAAGCCCCGACGUGAGAUCUCGGAUCUGGAGAGACGGCUGAUGAAUCUGUCAGAGCAGGAAGCUGAUUUUACGUCAGAAAGCUCAGAAAGAGACUGGAGCACUGAUGAAGAGGAUAGACGUAUUACCAAGGUGAAUUCCAAUCAUGUUCCUGUAUCCAUGGAUCGAAUCAGAGCCAGGCAGAUUGGAAGCUUUGAAGAGGACUUCCUACACCAGACCAAGUCAGAACGACCCAGAGCCGGGAAACCCGCACAGAAACCAUGGAAACAAGAUUAUGGAAACUGGAGACAGGACAGAUGGAGGGAGGAGGAUGAUGAGUCAUCACCAUGGCAACAGAGACGGAGACAACCACGGACUUCGAGGUGGACAGACAGUAGAAGCGGCUAUGGUGAUGAUGAAGACAUGUUGCCAUGGGAACGGCCAAUGAGGCAGCAGAGGAAUGAGAACAGGCAGUUGAAGCAUGCCCCUGCACCAGGUAAUGAGUACCUGCAUGGCAUCGCUCCCUGUCUACUGGCCCUACAGCAGGGUCAGAGGUCAUUCAGUCAGCUGUUCCUGAAGGAUGCGCCCUACCAGACAGGUGCAGACAGGAUCGAGGAGAUAGAAGCCUUGGCAGAUGAGCAGGAGGUGAAAGUCGUCAGAAUACCCAAACAUCGAAUGACCAAGAUGAUUGGAGAGGGAACUCACCAGGGAGUGUGUUUAGAGGCUUCCAAAAGAAGAGCUGAGCCCCUUAACCUGGAAGAUAUCAGCCCAGCUGUAGAGUCAGACACAGAAAGACCUCCAAUCUGGCUGGUAUUGAAUGAAGUGCAGGAUCCCAUGAAUUUUGGUGCCAUCCUGCGGUCUUCAUACUAUCUUGGAGUGGACAGAAUCAUAGCCAGCAGCAGUAAUUGUAGCCCCUUGACUCCUGUGGUGAGCAAAGCUAGUUCAGGUGCCAUGGAGGCCCAGACAGUGUAUUCUAUGGAGGACAUUCCAGCACUCUUACAGAACUUGAGCAGUUCUGGAUGGACAGUGGUUGGGACAGUGGCAGCUACUGAAGACUUGGAGGACACAGUUGUUUGUGGUGACUUGGCUCUGAGUGGACCCACUGUCCUUGUUCUUGGUAAUGAGGGCCAUGGACUGAGCUCAGAGCUGGAGAAUUUGUGUACAACAAAGGUGACCAUCCAGCCUGGGAGAGAACUGCAUCCUGGGAUUGAUUCCCUCAACGUCUCUGUAGCAACAGGAAUUCUACUUCACAGCAUCCUGUCCAACAGAAAGUAGUUGCAGCAUUGCAGUGUAUUCAUCUUCAACUCAUCUCCAAUGUACCAUGCUACGGAACAGGCCUCACAUCUGCUAAAAGUCUGCUGAAGUAAUCUGCUUGAUAGGCAAGAUAUGCUGCAGUCAAUGUCAGUGGACGAAAUCAUUUAAGCUACAAUGUGCUCUGUAUUGAAACCCAUGUAAUGGACUUGUAUGCAAAGAAGUUAAUAAGAGAAAC